AUGGACAGGCCCACUUCGCUUCCAGCUUUCUGCCAUGUGUGCUAUAUCCAGUUGGCUCCGGCGAAGCAGCACCAGAUCCCCAGGUUCGAAUCGCCUCACACGGGCUCGAUCCCCGACUGCUUCCCUCCCCUCGAAAACUUCCCGCACCAUCUCCCUCAUCUCUUCCAGACGCGCCAGGUGUCCUCCAGUUCCCAGAUCCAGGUCCUCAGGGAGCAGCAGGUCCUGGCAACUGCCUUCAAUCAACUCCGCCAGCUUCUGCUCUGCUGCUGA